UGUUUAAUAUAUUAUUCUUUGGAUAUUCACAUCCAAGACUUUCCUCGAUUAAAAGAUCGUUUUGUUUUUUUCCCCAUAUAUGUAUAGCUGCCAAGACAGAACAAAACCCUAGAUUUUUGUUGUACAUUUUGAUCCCCAGACGAUCGGGACUGGCGAAGGAAAAAGCUGCUUUUUGGCUGAUCUUCGGCCUAUAGAGCCUAGAGAUAACUUGAAAUUAGCAAUCUAAAGGGAGAGACAAAAAGAUCUUUGGUUUCUGGGUUUGUUGAGAUCUUGAAAGGGGUAUUUGGAGGUAGAUAAGAAGACCUUGUGGUAAAAAUGAUGUCCAGGUCGUAUACCAACCUUUUAGAUUUGGCAUCUGGUAAUUUCCCCGUAAUGGGUAGAGAGAGGGAGCGGCGGCGGCUUCUUCCUAGGGUAAUGACGGUUCCGGGAAGUAUUGCUGAGCUUGAUGAUGAUCAGGCUCAUAGCGUUGCAUCUGAUAAUCCCUCUUCUCUUGCCUCAGAUAGGAUGAUUAUUGUGGCGAAUCAGUUACCUUUGAAAGCAAAGCGCCGGCAGGAUAAUAAAGCGUGGGUUUUUAGUUGGGAUGAGGACUCUGUGCUUUCGCAACUGAAGGAUGGUUUACCUGAAGAUAUGGAAGUGUUGUAUAUUGGGUCAUUGAGGGUUGAUGUCGAUCCAAUUGAACAGGAUGAUGUCGCGCAACUUCUGUUGGACAGAUAUAAAUGCGUCCCUACUUUUUUACCACCGAAUAUUUUGGAGAAGUUCUAUGAUGGUUUCUGUAAGAAACAAUUAUGGUCACUUUUUCACUACAUGUUGCCGUUUUCAGCAGACAACGGACGCCGGUUCGAUCGGUCUAUGUGGGAAGCUUAUGUGUCUGCGAAUAAGUUAUUUUCCCAGAAAGUGAUUGAGGUGCUGAAUCCAGAGGAUGAUUUUGUGUGGAUUCAUGACUACCAUUUGAUGGUAUUGCCCACCUUUUUGAGGCGGCGCUUCAACCGUUUACGAAUGGGAUUUUUCCUCCACAGCCCAUGGCCCUCAUCUGAGAUUUACAGGACGCUUCCUGUUAGAGAAGAGAUUUUGAAGGCUCUUCUCAACUGUGACCUUAUCGGUUUUCACACAUUCGACUAUGCUCGGCAUUUUCUUUCUUGUUGCAGUCGGAUGUUGGGUUUAGAGUAUCAGUCGAAAAGGGGAUAUAUAGGGUUGGAAUAUUAUGGAAGGACUGUUGGGGUAAAGAUAAUGCCAGUUGGGGUUCACAUGGGUCAGAUUGAGUCGGUGAUGAAACUUGCUGAUAAGGAGGGGAAGGUUGAGGAGCUCAGGCAGAAAUAUGAAGGAAAAACAGUAUUUCUUGGAGUUGAUGACAUGGAUAUUUUUAAGGGUAUCGAUUUAAAACUUUUAGCAAUGGAACAGAUGCUCAAGCAACACCCAAAAUGGCUGGGAAGGGCUGUGUUAGUUCAGAUUGCAAAUCCUGCUAGGGGUAAAGGGAUAGGUUUGGAAGAAGCUCAGGUGGAGAUACGAGAAAGCUGUAAGAGGAUCAAUGAAGAAUAUGGAAAGCCUGGUUAUGAGCCCAUAAUAUUUAUUGAUAGGCCGGUGUCCAUAAAUGAAAAGAUUGCUUAUUACAGCAUUGCUGAGUGUGUUGUUGUGACAGCUGUGAGAGACGGAAUGAACUUGACUCCAUAUGAGUAUAUUGUUUGUAGACAGGGUGCACUUGAUACGGAAUCAGGUACGGACUUGAGUGGACCCAAGAAGAGCAUGUUGGUUGUGUCAGAGUUCAUUGGAUGUUCUCCUUCACUGAGUGGGGCGAUUCGUGUCAAUCCCUGGAAUGUUGAAGCUACUGCAGAGGCAAUGAAUGAGGCUAUAUCAAUGGAAGAAGCAGAGAAGCAGUUGAGGCACGAAAAACAUUACAAGUAUGUUAGCACCCAUGACGUGGCUUAUUGGUCAAGGAGCUUUAUGCAAGAUAUGGAGAGAACUUGCGCGGAGCAUUUUAGGCGAAGAUGUUGGGGGAUUGGUUUGGGAUUUGGGUUCAGAGUUGUGGCACUUGAUCCUAAUUUCAGAAAGCUGUCGAUAGAUGCGAUUGUUUCGGAAUACUGCAGGGCGAAGAGUAGAGCCAUUCUUUUGGACUACGAUGGAACUGUGAUGCCGCAGAACUCCCUCAACAAAACUCCAAGUGCAGAGGUGAUCUCGAUACUCAACAGACUAUGUGGAGACCCCAGAAAUACAGUGUUCAUUGUCAGUGGAAGAGGAAAGGAUAGCUUAAGCAAGUGGUUAUCUCCUUGUAGGAAGCUUGGAAUUGCUGCUGAACAUGGCUACUUCUUGAGGUGGCCACAAAAUAAAGAAUGGGAAACUUCCAAUCAGAGUUCUGAAUUUGGAUGGAAGCAAAUGGCUGAACCUGUAAUGAGUUUGUAUACCGAGUCUACUGAUGGUUCUUCUAUUGAAAAGAAGGAAAGUGCGUUAGUCUGGAAAUACCGUGAUGCAGACCCAGGCUUCGGAUUUGCUCAGGCAAAGGAGUUGUUAGAUCAUCUAGAGAGUGUUUUGGCGAAUGAAGCUGUAGCUGUGAAGAGUGGUCAGUUCAUUGUGGAAGUCAGGCCCCAGGCAUUAACCAAAGGCCUGGUUGCAGAAAAGAUAUUCACAUCUAUGGCUGAGAAUGGUAAACGAGCAGAUUUUGUGCUUUGCAUUGGUGAUGACAGAUCCGAUGAAGACAUGUUUGAAAUAAUUGGUAAUGCCGUGUCGAGGAACAUCCUUUCAUCCUAUACUUCGAUAUUCGCAUGUACAGUCGGACAGAAGCCAAGCAAAGCCAAAUACUAUUUGGAUGAUACAACUGAAGUGAUAACCAUGCUUGAAUCUCUUGCUGAAUUCGCUGAUUCUCCGGCUUCCUCUGAAGAAGACUCUGAUGGGUCCCCAUGAUGGCAUCAGGUUUCUCUUGAUCGAAAUUCCCUUCUCCAGUGGAAUGUUCUUUCUAGAUUGGAAAAUGGAUAUGUGUUGUAUAGUGUGUCGGUUUUUAUUGUAGUUUUACUUUUUCCCAUCUUGUGUUGUUUCCCUUUCUUGGUGGACGCAUUUUGUGGUCCUUUUUUGGGUUCAGCUUAGAUUUAGCUUGGAGAAAAGCUGUGAAAAUUUUAGUUAUCAUCCCUUUGAACAAUGCUAGAAGAGAAAAAUACUAUUCUAGAAGGGAGAGAGAACCCUGGUCGGCUUACAUCUGAAAUGCGAUGGUGGAAAGGAAAGUUGAAGUCUGCUGAGUGCCUAUAUGAGCAACAUGUGCCUGAACAGUGGACAGUCAAUGAUAACGACAGAGGAGCCUUGUGACUUGAUUUUAGAUCUAUGGGUUUUUACUCAAUCACUGUCGAGGUAGCUCUUGAACAUUUCGCCAUAAUAUAGCUGUGGAUGUUUAUGGCAAAACUGUCAAAUUGGUGAUGUUCUUCAGUGAUUUGAAAGCUAAACAUGGAAGUUGAAGGGCCAUUUGUCUGGAUUAUGUAAAAGUUGCUGGCUGUAUUAGCCUCACCAAAGGUUUUCUUUGUCUUCUGUCAUGGAGGAGUGUCGAGAGAUCGGAAGAUUUGGCAUUCUUAUACCUGCAACGGAUGAACAAGCUUCUGUUGAUUCAGCCAGUUUCCAUCAAUGCUCAUGACACGAAGAGCUGGUAUGGGCUUCGCUUUUAUUCCUUUUAACAACAAUCUGUGUAAAAAGAUUUGAAGCAACACCAUUAAGUUUGUAAUUUUUGUUCUAUUGAUGUCCUGUGAAGUAUCACUAAUGAUGUUGAGACUGUCAUCCCUUUUGUACUUUUUCUUGUGAAUAGCUCUCGUUAUGUCAAUUACGAGCGGUAGAACAUUUAGUUUCUCUA